CAAGAAGAAGAAAGUAAACAGAUUGGAAACAUUGGAAUUGGUUCUUUAUUGUAAAAAUUAAUUGUGUUUUUAUUUUUGUGUUGACAGACGAACAUGGAGUAUCAGUUGAUAGAAUUAAUCAAAGCUAAUCCGAUUUUAUACGAUAGGAAAUAUCGGAAUCCCCGUUAUAGAGAAGAAAAGAUGGAGAAAUGGGCAGAAGUGGCUCUGCAGCUGAGAAGGGAUCCAAGCACAGUACGCAUUCGUUGGAAAACUCUGAGGGAUACCUACAUUAGGGAACGACAGCGAAAACAACGCGAAGAAGAAAAGGAUGAAGCUGAGCGUUCACAUUACACCUGGAAGUAUUAUCAUCAUUUACAAUUUUUAAAUAGUCAAGUCAAAGAGACACCCACAAACGUUAAAUUAAAUGAAAGUGAUACCGAAAUUUCCCAAUACAUUCAAGACGCUAAUACAUACAAUGACGAGGAGGAGGAACACGAAAUCGAAUACGAAGCAGAAAAUUUUGAUUUAAAUGAAUAUAUAAAAAAAAUUGAUAAUUCGACAGCGACGGUGACGAAUCUCAGUAAAAUUGGUACAUCGGAUGAAAUGAAUAAAAAGCGAAAAGUAGACAAAGAUGCUAUCAUAAAUGAAGCAUGUCAAGAGAUAUCGACGCUGUUAAAAAACGCAAAGCAGCGCUUUACGCCACCUUCUCCCAACCAGGUUUUCUUCAAUGCCAUGGCCUUGCAGGUGGAAGAAGCAAAACUAUCGCCCAUUGAUUUAAUGCGUCUACAACAAAGGCUUCUGGAAGUCGUUACCCAAGAGCUUGUUUUGUAUCAAGAUAAACCAUAUACUUCUUAGAUAACAAUAUAUAUAUAUUAACAUUUAUUACAUACUUUCUCUGAAUAAGUAAUCCUUUAAUAAAUCCCUACUUGCAAAAGCUUCGUUAUCCGCUGAA